UCCAAUAUUACCAUCUGCUGGUAAGAAAAUGAAAUAUAAACUGUCAGUUACUGAGAAAGGAAAGUGAAACUUAUUAUUUCUACAUUGCUGACAUGGAGCUGAGACGCCAUUACAGGCUGAAGGAUAUUAAACACAAAUCAGAAGGAUUGUAACCUGAAAUUCAAAGGGACAAACAUUUGGUGAGUCUUGCUGUUAAAGGAUAAUUCACAUAUCUGAGAAAAUGACUGAGAAAACUGCUUGUGUGGAAAGUUUCCUGAGCUGCCAUGUGUGUUCAGAGACUUUCAGAGAUCCUGUGUCUCUGAGCUGCAACCACAGCUUCUGUUCAAGCUGCCUGAAGAAAUUCUGGGAACAAACUAAAAACAAAAACUGUCCCAUUUGUAAAAGAAAAUCAUCGAAAGAAGUUAUAGUGAACUUUCCACUGAAGGAACUGGCUGACUCCUUUGCUGGGAGACAGAAAUCUGGAUCAUCUGAGACAGAAAAAGAAGAGAAGAAGCUGGAGGUGGUGUGUAGUAAACAUCCAGAAGAGCCUAGAUUGUUCUGUAAGGAUGAAGACAGAGCUGUGUGUCCUGUCUGUGAGUUUUCUCUCCACCAGAGUCACAAAGUGGUUCCUAUAGAACAAGCAGUCAGUGACCUGAAGGACCAGCUGAAAUCUGACUUACAGUCUCUGCAGGACAAGAGGGACAAAUAUGAAGAAGUGGAGGAAAUAUACAAGGGGGUGAUUCAGCACUCCACCAGGCAGCUGUUGUCCACAGAGAGACAGAUCAGAGCAGAGUUCAACAAGCUCCACCAGUUCCUGAAAGAGGAAGAGGAGUCCAGACUGGCAGCUCUGAGGGAGGAAGAGGAGCAGAAGGGGAAGACUAUCAGCAGAGAGAUGAAGAGGAUUCAGGAGCAGAUCUCCUCUCUGUCAGACAGUAUCUCUGCUGUUGAAGAAGAGCUGCAGAAACACAAGGUGCCAUUCCUCAGCAGUUAUAAAGCCACUCAGACCAGAGCCAGAGUCCAGUGCUCACUGUCAGAUCCACAGCUGCUCUCAGGAGCGCUGAUAGAUGUGGCCAAACACCUGGGCAACCUGUCCUUCAGAGUCUGGGAGAAGAUGAAGGAGAAGGUCCACUUCACUCCUCUCAUUCUGGACCCAAACACUGCAAGUCCCUGGCUCUAUCUGUCUGAUGAUCUGACCAGUGUGAGACAUGGAGACACAGACCAGCAGCUUGCUGAUAAUCCAGAGAGAUUCACUGAGUAUACAGAAGUUCUGGGCUCUGAGGGCUUCAGCUCAGGGAAACACAGCUGGGAGGUGGAGGUGGAAGAUCAUCCUCACUGGGAUGUAGGUUUGGUUAAAGAGUCAGUUGACAGGAAGGGAGAGAGAUAUGCUUCACCAGAAUAUGGAGUCUGGUGUUUAACGUAUCGCAGUGGAGAAUACCUUGAUGUUGAUGGUCAGACUGUCAGAGUGAAGAAGAGUCUCCAGAGGAUCAGAGUCCAGCUGGACUAUGACAGGGGGGAGGUGUCCUUCUACGACCCUGAAGACAAAAUGACUCGCAUCUACACUCACAGAGACACUUUCACUGAGAAACUCUUCCCAUAUUUCAGUAUUGGACCAGCUGGUGAUGCUAAAACUGCUGAUAUCAAAAUCUGUCCAACAGAUUUCUCUGUGCUGUUUAGAAAUGGUGGUGAGGUUUAACUGAUUCAUCAUGUUCUUUGUUUAUCAUGGUGGUGACAGAUGGAAAAAGAGGGAAAAAAGUGCCAGGCAGGUCAGUUGUGAAAUUGAUAAUUAAUACAAUUAAUCAGGUAGAGGCAUGAAAAAUGGAGGAUACAUGAUUACAGGGAAAAGAAGAAUUAACAGUUGAUAAGG